UUUCUUCUUCCACCCAACUCAUAAAAUCCUGCGGCUUCAGCAUCGACAUGGCGGACGAUAAAUAUUUCGAGAGCCUUACAUCACUGUCGGCGUCGCUUAUAGUCGAUCAAUUUUGACCUAACUUAUUUUUCCACAUUUUGUUGUCUGAGGCGGCGGCAGAGGUGGUGGUGGUGGUGUAUCAACAAUCAGUUAUGGGGCGGAUCAUGGAAUGGGCGGGCAGGCCAAAUCACUUGGGAGGAUUACCAAGGAAGACUGUGAUAAUGGCAGUCGGAACUUUCGCUAAAGCGGUUGCAAGUCUCCUAAACUCUACUUCUGUUCAUAACGCAGACACUCUCCUUAAUCUCGUCAGAUCUCGACCUCCUGGUGUUCCUCUCAUCACCGUUAGCAAUCACAUGUCCACAUUGGAUGAUCCUGUAAUGUGGGGAUUCAAAGGUUUCCCAACAUGUAAUGCUGAGUUGCAACGAUGGGUACUAGCUGCUGAAGACAUUUGCUUCAAAAAUCCAGUCCUUUCAUAUUUUUUCAGGCUUGGGAAAUGCAUUCCAAUUACUAGGGGUGGUGGAAUCUAUCAAGAACACAUGAAUGAAGCUCUUGAUCGAUUAAGUAAUGGUGAUUGGCUACACACUUUUCCUGAAGGAAAAGUCUGCCAAGAAGAUGAACCGAUAAGACGAUUAAAAUGGGGAACCGCCAGUCUCAUUGCUCGUGCCCCUAUAACCCCAAUUGUCUUGCCAAUUUUUCAUCUCGGUCUCCAAAAGGUGAUGCCCGAAAAUUAUAUUUUUGGCAAAAGACCUCUUAUACCCUUAUGGAAAAAAGAUAUAAAAAUAAUUGUUGGGGAGCCGAUAGAAUUUGAUAUUCCCAAGUUAAAGCAAACGGCUUUAUUGGCUUCUAAAGAUUUGCUGCCUUUUCAAAAAUACGGUUGGCCGCCUUUUGGGGAGAUGGAUGAGGUGGCACAAAGAUGCCUUUACAUCGAUAUAUCAGAACGGAUUCAAAGUGUGUUGGAGAGAUUACGGGUUUUAGGUAGGAAGCCAAAGUUGUGAAACUUUUUUUUUGUCUAAUUAUGGCAUUGUACUUUCUAUUCUUUAAUUAGGAAACUGUGAUUAUAGCAAUUAGAAUUAUUUUGAAUUUGAAUGACUUUGUUAGAUUUUUCACAAUAG